AUGGAAAAGCUCUUCAGAGAAGAAAACUCUCCGCCGAUCAGACUUAUAAAUUCCAUUGCCAUUCUUGGCCUUCAAGUAAAAUCUUUAAGAAGUAAUGUUCAAUCAGACAUCCUUAUUGAAGGCAAAACCUCAGGAGUUCCUGAAGUCAUUCUUCAACUUCCUCCAACAUCCAAAGCCAUUUCUCCAGGCCAGAUCAACGUAAUUUUAAUUUCAGAUGAUUUUCACCAGCCGCACUGUAGAUCUGGAAACAGUCCAAAAUCUCCCGAAAUUCUUUUCAACAACCAUUACUAACGAAAAAGGCGUCUUUACUCAUAUGCAUUGCUUAAUAACAUAUGAAAAAAUCUCCCCAACAAUUAUUGAGAAGUCGAAAAACCGACUCAAUAAAAGUGGGCUUUUAAAUUUUGUUCCGCGCAACGAGCGAUCUAAAAUCCUCAAAGAAAAUGGGCCAUCUUAUUACGUUCCGGUAGCUUUAUGCAUCAUGACACAUAGCAACUAUAUUGAUUUAUUCAGAAAUAUUUUAGAGUCUCUAUAUCUUCACAUAUCAGAAAUCUGUCAAGAAGAAAACCCUGAUAUAAGUUCUUUGUUAGCAAGCACUGAAUUUAUGAGGACUUGCCUAUUUUUAUUGAAUGAUACCAUAAUCCCACCAAAUGAUAUACAAAUUUCUCUUAAAGUAGGCAAAGAUAAUAUUCCUGUUCCAAUAGAAUAUGAAAGCAGGCUUCCUCAUAACGAAAGCUGUGUAGCAGUUCUAAUUGAUCUAAUUGAUAUAAGAAAUGUUAUCGAGUUCUGGGAAAGCAUUUUGCUCAAUAAGCAUGCAUUUUUAGUUUCCUGCAAUGAGUAUUUGUUAUACCUUGUGCUAGAAGCUUAUAAAAUUUUGCUGUUCCCUAUGAAGUGGAGUUUAAGCUACAUUCCAGUUAUGCCUGUCCACGAUGUCGACUACAUGGAAAUCCCAACACCAAUUUUAAUAGGAAUCAAUAGCAACGUGAUCAGCGUAGAAGAAGCCAAAAGAGCAGACAGUGAUGCAACAAUUCUGGACAUUGACUCAAAUAUCUUGUAUACUUCAGAAAAGCCUCUGCUUUGCGAUUGUGUCAAAUCUAAAAUUUCUAAAAAAAUUCAGCUAGCCAAAGCCUAUUACUAUGUAAACAGAAACCGACUUAAUACGUUCAGGAUGCAUAGUCUGGAGCAGAAUUUAGAAGACAACCAAUAUGUUUCUACUGCUAAAAAGCUGCUUUCCACCCCAGAAGGCCCAGAAAGAGAUGAAAUUUUUGUCAGCUUAAUCAGGCAUGCUUUCUUCAAAGAAUUUGUAAUAGGAAUUGGAAAGUUUUCUGACUAUUUAUCAUACAGGACUAUGAAAAAAGAGUACGAAAUGCAAAAAGACUUAUUCCUGCAAGAGGUAAAAACCUGUGGAACCUGCACGAUGAAGGAGUUCUGGAAACAAUUUUUAGACUCUGUCACAUUUAUGCAGUUUCUUGAUUUUUAUGAAAAAUUUGAUGACUCUUCACAGCAGCGAUUCUGUAGGAUUGUCCACGACAUGAACAUAAGGUCAUAUGAAUAUUUUUCAAAGUCCAGCUGUUAUGAGCUCCUCUUGGCUUCUGAAGUAUAGAGGUUUCCUCUAUAUAGCGCUAAAAGCGCAGACAUUUUCCCAGGAGCUUUCCAAGUUCGUCGGACCAAAUCGCUUUUUGGUCCGACCAAGGCAUUGAUUUGGUGCAACCUACCGAUAAAUUCCGAUCAGAAUUUAUCGGCCUUACAGCGCCAAACAUAGGAAACUUCUAUAUCUCCAAGAGAGCUGUACGAACAAGUAGAAGCAGCAAUCAAUAGUUUUGAGGCCAAAACUUCUCACUCCCCCCCCUUUAAAUUAGAACAAAAUAUAGGUAAAAUUUCCAUUUUUUUGGUAAAUUAGCCCCCCUUUAAAUUGGAACAAAAUUUAAUUUUAUAAUAAAAUAUUAUAUAUAAUUUUUAUGUAAAAAGUUUUGAUAUAAGUUAAAUGCUUCUUCUUAACUAAAAUUCAAAAUUUAGUUAUAUCUUGCUCUUUUUUAAAGAAUAGAGUAUAAAAGGCAUCUCAUUUAAAUAAAUUUAUUAUCCUUAAUUGCUAAAGUUUUAAAAAUUUUUCAAAAAAAAAUGAUAUUUUUUAUUUAAAUAAUUUUGAUAUAAAUUCAAUGCGAAUUCUUUACAAAAAUUGAAAAAUUUACUUAUCUCUUACUUUAUUUUAAAGAAUAGAGUAUAAAUAAUAUUUUUAUUUAAACAAAAUUAGCACUUUGAUCGAUAAAUUUUCUAAAUUUUUUUUUAAUUUUUUUUUUUAUCAAUAAAAAUAAUAAUUUUUGUGUAAAUAGUUUUGAUACCAAUUAAUAGUAUUAAUAAUAAUAAUUUAGUUAUAUCUUGCUAUUUUUUAAAGGAUAAAGAGCAAAUAGUAUUUUAUUAAACAAAUUUAUUAAUCUAAUUCGAGAAAUUUUUUGAAUUUUUUUUUUUUAAAUUUUUAUAUAAUUUUUUUUUUGUUGUAAAUUGAUGAUUUUUUUUAAAAAAAUUUUCUUAAACCCCCUUUAAAUUGGAACAAAAUUUUUUUGUUCCAAUUUAAAAGGGGGGAGUCAAGAAAAAUUUAUUAAGUGUUCAGCCACGGAAAUGAUUGAAGCAAUCAAAGAGAAGAUAUUCAAGCACGACAUGGAGUAUGAUAGAGUCGGAUUUAAUGAAGGCAGGAAGAGGUCAAAAAGCUUGAUAGUAGGAUCGUCACCAAUGAGCAAUUUAGAAAUGAAUUUCACUGAUGUUUACUACGGAGAGUUCGGAAUCAUACAAGUGAUGGAUGCAUUGAUGGCACCCCUCACAAGAGCUCAAUUCAGAAGUAUUGGGACUAGCGAAAACCAGAUCUUCUCGAAACUGGAAACAAAUAAGGACAAUUGGCAGCCUCUUGUACUCAAGUUUCUAUUCAGCUUAAGGAAAAACAAAAAGAACUGGGAUGCUUAUAAGUUGCUAGAUAUUUGCUUCCUAAUCAAUAAGGCAGACUCAAGCAAACUCCCAAAAAGACUUACAGCAAACAUUAUAGAAAAAGCUUACAACAGCAGUCCUACAAUUAUUUAUGACUUGCUGAACUCAGAUCUAAUGGAUGGAGAAUUGAGAAGACUAGCUGAGGCCUAUCGAAAGGCAAGAGAAGAAAAGACAGUCAACUUCGCUGAUACUGUAUCCACAAUUGAUAGGUCUCCCGAUUUUCUCUCCGUUGGCCCUGACACAGGCAGACUGAGGAAGUCACUUUUGCGUAGCCAAACUGUAGGAGCCAGCGCUGACGAAGAAAGAAAAGAGUUUGAGUUCGCAAAGAGGAAAAGAUAA